GCCUACAGCUCACUAAACGCCAUGAUGCGCUAGCGAACACGACCGAGAAACGCUCUGCUCCCAUGUUUUUCGUGUGUGAAGUCGCCCGCGGUAGGUUUUGGAACUUGGCAUUGUGUAGAGUUGCAGUGCGUGCGAGUGUGAAGAAUUGCCGUACAUAGUGGGAAGAGUGCGUGAAGAUUGCCGUUGUGAAUUUUGGCUAAUAAAUAGAAGCAAAGCGCGUAGUGUGCGUGAGUUAAAUUGAAGCGAAAAGAAAAAGGAAGAAAAGUGGGUGUAGUUUGUUGUGUGCAGUGUGAGUGUGUGAGUGCGAAAGGAAAGGUAGAGAGUGAAAACACAACAAGCAAUCACGGCAAAUCAUCUCCCCGGGUGAGGUGGAGGAGCUUUCCCUCGCGACCAUUUCGUCCAGCAAUCCCCACCCCCACCCCCCCCUUCGCUUCCUUGAGGAAGUAAAUUUCGACGGUGCCUUGUGGCUUGGUGAACCGCACAUGCACGCAGCGUGAACGGGGUGAAUUUUUCUGCGCUGUUGUUGGUGGAAAAGCUGUAAAGUAGGCUACGGUUACGGCAAAGGACCCUCCCGUUCAACACACGCGCACACUCCCCCGCAGAGCGGCGACACAAGCACAAACACGGGCUAAAAGGGACAGCGAAGAGAGUGAGAAAGCAAUACAAUUUUGCGCCGGUUACUGUUGGAUUGAGUGGCAUCACAACUACACCUUCGAGCAAAACGGCGAGCAAAGCAACCGUUGCCGGAAGACAACACUGCCGCAACGACUACCGAGGCUGUGGUGCUAACCGGGAUAAGGCAGGCUGCCCAGUCAUUUCACCCGUCGUCCGUCAGCUGUUGGUUCGGCGAUCCUGAUCCAUCCCGGAGCCAAUAAAAAAGGCGUUUUGCAUCAAAUCUUAACAGCACAAACCACGAUCGCGGAUCGUCUCCCUUAAGCACAACAACAACAGCAAGAUGAGCGAACAAAGCAUCAUUGGGGCCCGGGCAUCGGUCAUGGUGUACGACGAUGUGCAGCGGAAGUGGAUACCGUCCGGCAGCUCGUCCGGUCUGAGCAAGGUGCAAAUCUUCCACCAUCAGCAAAACAACACGUUCCGCGUCGUCGGCCGGAAGCUGCAGGACCAUGAGGUCGUCAUCAACUGUUCGAUCAUCAAGGGGCUGAAGUAUAAUCAGGCCACCGCCACGUUUCACCAGUGGCGCGAUUCCAAGUUCGUGUACGGGUUGAACUUCUCCAGCCCGAUGGACGCGGAAGCGUUUGCCCGUGCGAUGAUGCACGCUCUGGAUGUGCUGAGUGGACGCGUACCACCCUCGUCGACCAUGCAAACGACCAAUCCGAACCCGAGCCAGAUGGCUGCGGCGUACGAGGAGGACAUGGGCUACCGUACGAUGACCCGUGAAGAUGCGGCCAUCAUGCAACAGCAGCAGCAAAUGACUAGUCAACCGCCGGGCGUGGGACCACCACAGCAACCGCCGAACUCGAUACCGGGCCCUGGCGGUGGCAUACUAUCCCCGCAAACGCCGACAUCUCAAACGCUGCCAUCACAAGCCAGCCAGCAGCAGCAGCAGCAGCAGCAGCAGCAACAACAACAGACGCAUCAUCGUACAAACAGUGCACCACCGGUCCCGCCAGCGUUACCGACACAACAGCAGCAGCAGCAGCAGCAGCAGGCAUCGCAGCAGUCACAGGCACAGCAACAGCAGCAACAGAAACCGAUCUAUGCAUCACAGCAGAGCAACAGCAGUACCAACAGUAUUACCUAUGGAAACAACUCGCCGUAUCCGCAGCCAAUCUACGUAGCAUCGAAUCAAAAUCAUCAAAUGCUGAAUCAGUCGGUGUUGCCACCGCAACCGCCGCAGCAACCACCGCCACCACAGCAGCAGCUACCGUCGAACCUUUCGAACGGUUCGAUUUACGCGACGGCCACGUGCUCCCCGAGUGCGACCAACAGCAAUCCAGCGAACCCGAUCUACGCCGGCCAGCAGCAGCUCGUGUCACAGCAGCAACAGCAGCAGCAGUCCGUUCCACCGCCGCCACCGAUGAUGAUGCCACCGAUCGGCUACGGAGCAUCGAAUGGUGUCGGCGGUCCGUACGGUGCUGGUCAACCACAGUACGGUAUACCACCGGUUCCACAGAUGCCAAUGCAGCCGCCGCACCAGCAGCAACCACCGUCACAGAUGCAGCAAACGAAUGCUCCUCCACCACCGCCAAUGAUGCCGCCGAUGUUCCCGAUGUCGGCACCAUCUAGCGUACCGCAGCCACCAGCACCGCCGAUGCCACCAAAUCUGAAUAAUGCGGCUGCUCCACCGCCGCCGCCACCACCGCCCGGCAUGCCAGCGGUAAAGCCGGGAGAAAUCAACUCCUUGGCCCUCCAGCUGGCCAGUGCCAAACUGAAACGCAGCCAACCGCCGAAAAGCUCGCCGGCCGCUGGCGUAUCGUCCACCUCUUCCUCCGCCAACAAUGGCAGCAAUGCCGUGUCGUCCACCGUGACGGAAAACAGCGGCAGCAGUACAUCGAGCGGAGGUAGUGGUAAUUAUGGAACCAUAGGACGGUCGUCAUCUGGUAUGGCAUCGAUGAUGGAUGAAAUGGCGAAAACACUUGCCAGGCGACGAGCGCAGGCAGAAAAGAAGGAGCCGGACUCCAACGAGGAUGGAAGUGCAGCAGGAUCCGGUGGUCGCCAGCGGGCCUGGGAAAAAUCGAGCACACUGCCACACAAGUUGGGCAGCGGCAACAACAAUGCCGGCGGUGGAGGAGGCUCCAACUCUGGCAGCGGUCAGGGUGGUGCAAGCCUGAGCGGUUCGGAAUCACCGAAACCGUCGCGGAAACGCUUCGGCAGUGCCAGUGAGGAAACGAUACUGAAGCAGAUCAAUGGUGGUGAUAGCUUCUCCCUUCCGACUGCGGUCGAAUUCGACAAUCUGAAGGAAGACAUUUUGCGCGAGAUGCGCAGCGAGAUUGCCAAGGCGAAGCAAGAAAUCAUAGAAGCUAUCAAAUCCGAAUUCAACCGCAGUAUUCGAAUAUGUUUUAAUCAGCCAGUGUCGGUACCAACCCGGGGUGCAUAUUCUCAAGCAUUGGAAGUGGCAGUGCAUCUCCCACCAAGAGAAAGUGGCGUGUAAACUUUAUAUAGAAAACAGAAGCAAAACGAACACACCAUUCACUUACGCGGAAGAAAUGCAGAACUUACAAGACUCCAAACGUUUAUACAUAUACGUCGUAAUACAUUGUGGUGCAGUUGAAAAAAAAGGUGGGUAGUCGAAAUAUGAGCUAAUAAACUAGUAUAAUAUACAUAGCGAGUGCAGCAGUUUACCGCGUGGCCGCGGAUCUCGCGGGCAGAGUCCGUAUUCGAAUGGCAGAUUGCAUUGCCGACGCAUCAUAAUGCAUGUAUAAAAUUUGAUAUACAUUUUUUGUGCGCCAUUGUUGUUGUGGUUAACCGUUUUGGUCCGUGAGUGUGUAUGUAUACACACUGCGUUGGCAUUCACGCCACAUUCUCCUCCGUAUCGCGUUGUAGUAUUAGUGGCAGUAUCAUCAUCAUAAUCAUCAUAUAAACUCUCCUUGAGAAUGGUGGACCGCAACUGGGGAAAAAGUGAUUUUGCAUCGUACCCCAUUUCCUCCUCACUUGCAUUGCGUAUAUUACUGUGGGUAAAUCGAAAUGGAAAUUGGGGUCGUGUUCUAACACACACCAGACCGACCGCGUAUGUGUGUGCGUGUAUCAGUAAAGAAGGUGAAAGCGAACAAAAACACAGUUCUUUGAAUCGAAUGUCUAUCCAUGUGUCUCUAUGUGUCAGCCAUAUUAUCUGUCUCAUUAUGAUUACUCUCGGGAAGGGAAGAAUGGAGAAGGCAAAAAAAAACAUAAGAAAGAAGGCAAAAAAGCUAAGCAAAAACCAUUAAACUAUGAAAACGUAACAUAAAUCAUUGGGAACAUGAAUUAAAUUAAAACUAACGAUACUAAAUACUUAAGUGCGACGAAUUAAGUAUGUAAGAGUAACGAAGAGAGGCAGAAAAAUUCAGAACAAAACCAACUCGGAAGCUAACAGCUUUGUUGUGUUUAAUUUUAUUUUAGUUCUUGCUUUCUUCUCUCUUCAUUCUAGUUUUGGUCUAAAUGCGCAAAAUAGUAAAAUGAUGCCGUGUAGUGUGUAGUGUUGAGUGAAAACAACACUCGCAGCUAAAAUGUUACGCGGAGUUUGCGUAACGCAUCAGUUAAAAAAAACUGCACACCGAAGCAAAUCAAGCUGAUUAAAUCAAAAUGUAGCUUAAAUUUAGUGAUCACAUCAUUGAAUCGAAUCGAUAGGGGCGGCGAACGAUGUGUGAUUUAGGCGAGGGGAUCGUAAUAAAGUUGCGUUAGUUAGUUGGCAAGCUAGCCGAAGGAAGAACUCACCCAAACACGCACUGAAUUUUAGCGUGUGCACAAACUCGAUUGAGCAUCUAAACGACACGGAGAAGACGACGAUGAAUGAAGUCUUGAAGAGGGGGGGACUACACGAUCGAUUUUUUUUGUACAUAAACAAAAGACUAAACGGUAAUCGGAGGAGAGAGAAUAGAAGUUGUGUGAUGAAAUGGAAAAAUCGGACGAAAUAUCGGAGGUAGCGAAAGAGAAGGGCACAUGUUAGCGACUAGCUUUCCUUAGUAUAGUCCUAUCGAUGGUACAUAGUCAAAAGCGAAGGAGAGCGUUUUCCUUUCGCGCGUGUGGAAAUCGGGUUGUACGCGGGCAGACUGCAGUCUCGAAAAAUAAGCCACGGUGCGGUAAGAUAAAAUGGAUCGUCCCUCGGAACUGAACUGACUCCUAUUUGUGUGAGGGUGGUCCCGUUGCUCGUCCCCCAGGAAAUUCGUGCGAUAAUAGUGCGAAGCAAAGGCGUAGAAAGCAUUUAGAGCUAGAUGAAAGCGAGUCGAGGGUAGAAUAUAUCUUUAGUCAUCCUCUAACGGCACGAACUAUGUGUUGCUGAUUUUGGCGAAACGAAACGGUAGAUAUGCUCUCUCUUUUUGUUUUUAAUUUUUGAUCGCAACGAGGAGGUGCGUUACACACCCCCGAUCUAUACAAACUAAACGAACGCUAAUGGGACAGUGAAGCACAGCGAAAUAGUAAGCAACGUAAAAGAAAAUAUUAAAAUUUCACAAGUUACAACUCUGGAACACAAUGAACUCGAUACGAAUGUCUGUCUUGAAGGAGCUGGAGGAACGGUUUGGAUGUUUGAAAAUGGAAAUGUUCUUGUGUGUAAAUCACGGGUGAAUAAUAAAUUGCCAUCGAAAUUGGUUUUGAGUGAAGUAAAACACACAGUGACAGAAAAGUAAAAAUAUGUCGCACACAACAGAAUACAGAAACGAAAAAAUGAAAGUAAAGAUAGAGAGAGAGAGAAAGGGAUAGAGAGUGAGAGAGAAAUUUGCAAGAGUAAAAGCAUUUGCAAGGAAUACAACAAUACAGUUACACCGCUACCAGCUAACGCUCUACAGAAAGAUUUCCGUUCUGAGAACACAAACAAACAGCGCAACAAGUUAAUAAAAAUCCACUGCAAAUUUGACGACGCACAUAGACUGGAAAAUGCUACAGAAAAAGUAAAGAAAAAAAGGGAAAAUAAAUCGCAAACAGUAUAAAGAAAGCGAAACGUAAAAUAUGUACGUAAUCGAAAAGCUACAGACACAAAUCUAAACCACAAGAUAAAACACAGAACACAUAUAUAUCCAUGAAGAUGAAAAUAUCGUUGAUCAAGUGCUGGCCAGGAAUGGUAAACUAAAGAUGUGAAGUUGAUCUUGAAAAGAAACUUGAAUGAAAGUGAACAAUUUGGCAACAGUGCGAUGCAACACAGAGAAUGAAGAAAAAAAAAAAAUACAAAUUAAAUUCAAACAGUAAAACAAAAAAACCCAGAACAUGUUAAGAAACAGGUGACGAAUCGUUGGUAAAGCACAAGCAAUGAAGAAAACAGAUGAAGGAAGUAGAUGGGGGAAGUUUUAUAUUAGUUCAGUUGCUCCCUUCAUCCCAAAAAAAGUCAUUUCAACUUCCAUAUAUAGUACUUUUCUUCUUCCUCCUGGUUCUACGCGAACCGCAACGAAAACGGGCACGGAAUGGAUCAAACGUCGUAAAAAAGCAGUAUUAGAGAUGAUUAAAUUUAGCAAAGAGAGAGAUAAUGUGAAAGAGAGGGAAAGAAAGAAAGUAAAAGAAGGGUGUAGAAGAGAGUGGAGUGGGUGAAGCAGUUAUGUAGGGGCGUGUGUGUGUACAAAAGAUUGAUGGUGUAUCGUACAAAAUAAUUUGUAGUUUUGCGUGCAAAUUAAAUUAGUUUGUCUUUCAAUUUCGUUGCCGGGAGCGUUUGCUAAGUAUUGUUACGGGGGGAGGGGUUUGUAAGGAACGUGCGGAGGAGUAUGCUUUUUUUUUAAUGCUUGCUUUUGCGAAUUUUUACUGCUUGAGAUGAUGAUGAUGGUGGCUAAGGUUGCGGUUUGCUGUAGUGUUAUCAGCAGCAAUUUAGGAUUAAAAAUGGUGGAAUUUUAGCCAACAAAACAAUUGGAUGAAUACACUAUUUUCCGUAUCCGUUUGACAGAACUGCUCCCCUAAUUUUAAACUGUGAUCGUUUUGAGUAACGAUGGCGACAUAGAAAGAGAGAGAAAGAGAAAGAGAAAAUGAGAGAAAUCUGCUUCGUUUUUGGUGUGUGUACUACUCAAACCAUGGAAUCGAUUUUUAUCCGUUUUUUCGAUUACUGUUUUGACAGAGGUGCAGUAACAGCAGAGCCAGGCUACUUAGGAUAGAUAGAGGUGGUUUAUAUGAGACAGGCCGGCGUGUUGACAGGGUUUAACAGAGAACAGAAGCGAGUGGACGGACUGGAUUGUAAUGCAGAGUCAGCAAGGAUGAUGCUCCAGAUUUAUUAGAUCUAUCCAUAGACACAUGCACACCAACAUAUUAUAUACAAAAACAAAACAAAAAAGCUGCGGAAGGAGGAGGAGCUGCAUCAUGCUAUAUAUUAGAUGAUUUGUGAUUUUAUGUUAACUAUAUAAUUUUGUAUUAUUACUUUUAUUUACCUAUUUUUACAAUAAGGACGUGAAGAAAGUGACUAUUGGUAUAUACAUACACAUAUACAUUUAUCUUAUUAUUCGCCAGGAAAGAGAGAUAGAGUAGUGUGAUGCGCGAAGAGGAAAAGAAACGAAUCAGAAGAAAAAAAGAACACCGCAAAAGAGCGCAUAAAUAUUAGGUGAAAUUAAUUGGUCGGAAUGGGGUUGUUUGCUGGUAGGAAAAAAAAAUGGAUUUAAAAAAACGGAAGUAAAAGCUUAAAAAACCGUAACCAAUUCGAGUGAUUCAAACGAAAAAAGGCAAAAGGAGCGUGCAGCCCACAGGACGGAGAGAACAGCUAGUAACGGCGCAGUGAAGGGCGGAUAGAGAUUAAUUAAACAACACAACAACAACAAAAAACACACACACAGUUAUCAAACUCUCUAGUAGAUCAAACAAGAAAGAAGUAGAAAACAGGAAACGAAAAGGUACGAAAUCCACAAACGCGCGGUAUGGAUGGACUUGUUUUUGGAUUGAAUAAUAAUGGUCAAUGAGUGAAAGGCGA